AUGAAUAUACAAUCCGAUAUCGAGCGUGUGGCUACGACGUCAUCUGAGAUCAAGGGCUCUGCGACAGCGAUCCACCCUGACGAUGUCGGAUACCACCGCUCCCUCACCAGGCGGAAGGUGAUGAUGAUGACCUUUGGGGCUGGUAUUGGCACUGGACUCUGGGUUGGGACUGGACAGGCCUUAUACUAUGCUGGUCCUGCUGGGCUCGCCAUCACUUAUACUCUGACAGCCAUCAUUGUAUACGCCCAAUACUCUUCAAUCGGAGAAAUGACUACGUACAUGCCAGUCCAUGGAGGCUUCAUCCGCCAGUGCUCCGAGUUCGUGGAUCCAGCAUUUGGCUUUGCGAUUGGUAUCAACUUCUGGUUUGCCUGGGUGAUGAUCAUCCCAGCAGAAAUAACGGCAGCCGUGAGCGUCCUGCAGUUCUGGGAGCAGACAAACGCUCUCCCCUUGGCUGCGUAUAUAACCAUCUUCCUCGCGGUCAUGGCUUUUGCCAACAUCUUCCACGUCCGGGUGUACGGGUACAUCGAGUACUACAUGUCGUUUAUCAAAUGUCUGGCCGUCGUCCUGAUGAUCUUCUUCAUGUUCAUAAUGACAUCUGGAGGCAUCGCCGCCACCAAUGGGCCCAUCAUCUUCCACUACUGGAAGUCGCCAGGGGCAUUCCACAACGGGAUCAAGGGGAUUGCAAAGAGCUUCGUGCAAGCUGCGUUUAGCUUCGGUGGAGGCGAGCAUAUCGCAGUCAUAGCUGGCGAAGUCGCCGACCCCCGCCACACAAUCAAGAAGACCGUCCGCCCUGUCUUCUGGCGCAUGUUCACCUUCUUCGUCGUCAAUAUCUGGCUCGUCGGCAUGUGCGUUCCCUACAACGACCCGGAUCUCGUCAACGGUAGUGGAACCCUGGGCAGUCCGUUCGUCAUUGCGCUCAAGCGCGCCGAUGUCUGGGGCCUGGCGCAUGCAAUCAACGGGUUCAUUUUCCUGAGUGUCAUCAGCUGCGGCAUUACCAGUGUGUAUGUUGCCAGUCGCAGUCUCACGGCCCUGUCGGAUCUGCAUAUCAUCCAUGGAUUCUUUGGAAAGAAGGAUAAGAGCGGGCGGCCGUUUGUCUCGAUUGCGAUCUGUUUGAUCCUGGGUGGAGGGCUGUGCUACCUGAAUGUUGAUAGCACGGGGACCGUGGUCUAUGGCUGGUUCUCGUCUUUGGUCGCAAUCGCUACGCUCUUCCAAUGGGCCUCAAUCUACAUCGCGCAUCUUCGCUUCCGACAGGGUCUGCGCGCCCAGGGGAAGAAUCUCCGUGAUCUACCGUUCAGGGGCCUCCUAACUCCCUAUGCGCAGUACUUAAGCCUUACCAUUGUCCUGUUUAUAUUCGGGUGCGAGUUCUACCUUGCCUGUUUCCCGUUCGGGGAGAAGGGGUCUGCGAAGAGCUUCUUCUCGACAUAUCUGGCGGCGCCGUUGUUCUUUUUCGAUUACUUUGUUUACAAGUGGUGGUUCAAGACGAGGAUUGUCAGGGCCCGCGAGAUGGACUUCUCGCCGGCGAUUAUCUUCGACGAGCAGGAUCGAAUCAAGGAAAUGAAUCGAGGGGCAGAAAUGGAGAAUGAGAAGAGGACGCCGUGGCUGAAGCGUGUACAGUAUGUGGUAUUUGGCUAG